UGUACAUAGAAAUAAACCUUUAUAUAAGUCCGUACCUGUGACAUUUAUUAACCAAUAAGCUAGCGAUGGCCAUAAGGUCCAAUUUCCCUCCCACACGCCCGAGGGGACCAAGCGAGAAUCGCCUUAAUGGCAUCUAACAAUUCUAACACCUGGCAGGUAGACCGUAAAAAUUAUUAAAAUUCAAUUGUGGGGUUAUGUCCCUUUGUUCCAUUUUGUUGUUUUGGUCACGUUCCUUCGCCACUUUUUUUUCUUUCACACUUCAAAAGCGAUUUACGUAAGGAGCGGGGCCUUAUGGCGUCAAAAUAGCGAGCACACCCGUUUUUCUUUGCCCAGGAUAAGUGAAUUUAUACACUUAAAAACCAUGACUGCCUCAAGCCCCACAGAGGGAAUCCCACCACCCCCUUUGGCCCCGCAAAACGGUUUGCCAACUGGGAUUCCCCACUCGCCCCACAUAAAACCAAACUUCGAGACCCCCAUUAAAGAUCCGAGCAGGAUUAUGACCAAGAAAAUCCUUCAUGUCGCGGGGUUUUUCGUUGCUUUUGCCACCGUUAUGUCCAUAUUAAUCCUAUAUAUUGACAAUACCAGUAUGAAGCAUAGACAGUUUACGUUAAGUCUGAAUAAGGAUAUGGAACUUAACGGGAUCUCUCAGGAUGAUCAGCAGCUUAUCAUGUAUUUGAGGGAGGUGGCCUUGUUUCCUGCUAUAGAGCCCCAUCAUAAGCCUUUGGAGUCACAGGAGGCCGUACCGGAGGACACCGACUAUGUUUUGAAGUUGCUUAAUAACAAGAAAAAUGGAAUUUUUAUCGAAGCGGGAGCGUAUAACGACGGCAGAACCUCGAAAACCGACAUCCUGGAGCGUCAGUUCGGUUGGAAAGGUUUACUGAUCCAGCCGGACCCGAGACAUUACUUUAACUUGAGGCGACAUAACAGGGCGAGGAGCCAAUGCAUCUUGGCCUGCCUCAGCCCCAUGCCGUACCCCCGAGAAGUGACUCUCCAUACAGAAAACGAGAUAAAAGUGAACGCCAUCUCCAAUACGGCCAAUCCCGAUUGGUUAGUUAUCAGAGUGAAAUGUUUCCCACUUUAUUCACUUUUACUGGCCAUAAACACGAGUAAUAUUGACUAUUUGGCAUUGGAAACUGACGGGACCGAGUUGCAAGUGUUGGAAACGUUGCCUUUUGAAAGGGUUAAUAUCGGGGUGAUUGGGGUGACUUUGAGGGAGAACGAGGGGGAUAUUGGGACUAUUAAGAAGUUUCUGGCCAGCAAGAAAUAUCGGUUUAUGGACAGGUUUAAUGGCACAUACAUUUUUAUGUUAAAUAAGGUGAAGAUUUAGGGCUUUGAAGACUGAAUGGCGCCAAAGUUAAAAUUUGAACCGUUUCUGGGUGCUUUAUUGGGACAUUUUUGGCUGUAAAUUAGGUUACACUUUAAUGCUAAAAGUGGUUUAUUAGCGUUGCACAAACCCGCAUAAACGAUUAUGCAGAUCUCAGAUUUGCUCUCUUUGACUGAUUUAUUUUCUCGAAUAUUUUGUAUAGUACUAACCCUACCCCCUCCUCACUUCUGACCAAAUAUUUUCUCUUAAGAGUGCCUUACUAACAUAGUUUUAUGAUUAUUAUUAGUUGUUCCGUAUUUUGUCGAUUCAUUCCUCGUACAGUAGUAGUAGUAGUUUUAGGCCAUUAUAUUUAUUAAUUAUAUAGUUUUGAUUAAUUAAUACUUUUGUACUUAUGUUUAGUAGUAGUAACUUUGGUAGUUUUAAGCUAUUUACUUAAAAAAUAAACGAAAAUAGUCUACUA